ACGUCUUCCAACUCUCCAUCACUUCCCCGACCAUAAGCAAACAACACAAAUCUCCUUGGAAUUCCACGAAACUAGAGCACUUCCGGCGGGCUCCUUCCCGAUUCCGUUUGUCACCUUCCAAAUCCUCCACUACUCACGCGGAGAAAACGCAACAGUUUCUUGAACAACGUCGACAAACAUGACGGACGACAGGACGAACAGUACUACUAUGAAUACUCACGAGCAAGCUAUCGACCCGACUGCCUUGAAUCGGCCACUCACCGAGUUCACGGUCUUCCCUACCCUUCCUCCGGAGCUUCGGCAGAAGAUUUUCAAAGAUGCUCUUCCUUCUGGUUCUCGAGGCUACCGAGUGCUGAAGGUUUAUGGAACCAUCAUCAUGUCGGGUCGGCGCAGGAGCUCCUCUGCAAAGGAAUCCAAGAGCAAGCCCGAGCCAAACCCCAAAGCUUAUAUCGAAUUCACCCUUGAGCGAAACUCCGACGAGCACACCUUAAAAGACCUCGCUUUGUCUCGUUCUUGCACGGAGUCGCGAGCUGUGUUCUUGACGCGCAGUCCGUACACACUUAUCGCCAAGAGGGAGGGCUUGAUUCGCUUUGCAAAGGAUGAUAUCAUCCAUUUCAUCUUCGAAGCGAUAAGCAAGUUCUUUGCCCGCAUGGACUUGAUGUUCUUGUCGAAGUUCGAGGGUGUCGGUGUUUUGGGCUUGGUUUGGGAUACUGGUCUCUACUAUCGUUUCGAGGAGAACAGUGCUGAGCGAUUUAUUGAUGCUGCGUUGAACAUAAGAGAGGAGGUACAUGCAUUAUUGAAGGGAGCUUUGCAUUGGGCUGACGACGACCUGCCUGAAGUGCACAUUUUGAACUCGGAAGGAGAACGAGUCGAACGUUCACAAUAGAUGAACACCAGCACUGUAACGGUAGCCAAAAUGAUCCAGCUUGGCUUGGGACACUGACAAUUCAGUGCUACAGUGCCUCUUUAGCCCACCAGGAGACCGAUUGAUUGGCCACACUUUCAACGAGCAGC